AUGGGUGAGGAAUGGCCUGAGCAACAAAUGCCCGCACGCGUCUAUCCGCACAACACCCACCUCAUCUGCGACCCUACAGAAGGCUCCGACGGUGUUGAAUUCGAUUUGAACAAGGGUGCGUCCUUUAGAAAUCUUGCGCAAGAAGCUUCAUGGCUCCUAAUUGAGAGCUUCCGUACUUGGGACGAGGCGAAACGCCGUAGCCUCAGGACCAUGGUAGACGCACGCGACGGGUCCCGCGACGUCAGUGUCAAGUACAUUACAGGUUACCUCUUCCAAGAACUCUCGAAGCAUAUUGCUAAUGCCGAGAAAACCGCAGGGCUUUUGCCUCCAUGGUGGGACGCAGAGAAACGGGAUGCAUGCAUCAAUGUCGCCAAAGAAAUAUAUCGCUGGUCGAUCUUCCCGAGGUGA